AUGGCUUCUGAACGUCCUCCCACGGAUCGUGUUGAUGAUCUUGGUAUAUCACGAGAAUGGCUCACACCAUCUAAUAUUCCACUUCCAUCACGAGGUAGGCUGUAUACAUCGAGACGGACAAUGACCGCUUUUGCUUGUUCCAAUCUUUACCCUAUCCCAUCCAGGCAUCACGAAGAAGAAGAGGCCGAAGAGGAUGAUAUUGUUGACAAGUCCGAACAAUGCAUCGACUCCAAAGCUUUUCAUCAAGCGUAUUCUCCGAAACGCGGUACCACAAAAUCCUCUCAAACAUACGCACCGCCCAUUUCUUUAUGUUCUCUUCAUUGCCACACAGAGUCGCUUCAGUCAGGAGAUCGGACACAGUCAUACGAGCGUCAACCAGGAGACGGUGUUCAUUCACGUCACACUAGUCUCCCAAACCCAGUUUCAUUGGAUGUGUUAUUUUCCUCAACUGGGGUUAGCGGUUCAUUUUCACAAACAAACUCUGCUCAGUCGAAAGAUCUGCCCGAACCUCUGGCCGUUAUGAGAACUACUACUUCAUCAUCCGAUCGAUAUGUGGAUGAAACUCAACAUCUUCCCUACUAUAACUUGUCUAGUCCUGAGGUGAGCUCGAUCUAA